UGGAGCUAUAAAAGCAGGAACCAGGACAGGAACACACCAGAAGCUCACCCAGGCUGCACUACUGGCAAAAUGCAGGCCCUACUGUUCCUGGUGGCACUUCUCUUGCCUUCUGGAGCUGGAGCUGAGGAGAUUAUUGGUGGUGUUGAGUGUGAAGCACACUCCCGCCCUUACAUGGCGCAUCUGAAGAUCUUCCGUGAGAAAAGUUAUGUCUGUGGUGGGUUUCUCAUCACCCGCCAAUUUGUGUUGACUGCUGCACACUGUAGAGGAAGAAGAAUCACUGUCACCCUUGGAGCUCAUAACCUGCACAAGAGAGAAUCCACACAGCAGAAGAUUAAAGUUGAAAAACAAAUCAUUCACCCAAAGUACAAUGCGUCUUCCAAGCUCCAUGACAUCAUGUUACUGAAGCUUGAAGAACAAGCUGAGUUGACCCCUGCUGUGGAUGUAAUUCCCCUGCCCGGUUCCUCUGACUUUAUCAAGCCUGGGACAAUGUGCUGGGCAGCUGGCUGGGGAAGAACUGCAGUGACAGAACCUCUCUCAUCCACCUUGAGAGAGGUUGAAAUGAGAAUCAUGGGAAAAGAGGCCUGUAAAGAAUAUAGGCGUUACAGCAAUACCUUCCAGGUCUGCGUGGGCAGUCCCAGGAACCCAGGAUUAGCAUACAAGGGAGACUCCGGGGGACCUCUAGUGUGUGCUGGGGUGGCCCAUGGCAUUGUAUCUCAUGGACGUGGAAAAGGAAGACCUCCUAUAAUCUUCACCCGGAUCUCCUCACAUGUGCGCUGGAUUAAUACAGUCAUAAAGGGGAAUUAGUUGAAAAAUCUGAUCAACCUGAGUCAGACUCUCCAAGUCAGAGCUCAUCUUGUGCUCUUUGGUUUUAACAAAGCCUGUCCCCACCCUGGCUCCAACCUGUCCCCAGCCUAUCCCCAAGACAAUCUCAAAGAUACACAAGUGUGUGAUGAUGGAUUGUUCCCUGUAAUGCACCCCAAUAAAGACAUAACCUCUUGCA